AUGCCGGUAGUGAUUUGGGCACUUGGCUCUAUUCCAUUGAAGUUUAAAGAAUAUGUAGACCAACUUGUCACCGUCCGAUACCAUCCAACUACCAAUCACCGUCCGAUACCAUCCAACUACCAGUCACCAUACGAUACCAUCCAACUACCAGUCACUGACCGAUACCAACCAACUACCAACCGUCCGAUACCAUCCAACUACCAGUUACUGACCGAUACCAUCCAACUACCAACCGUCCGAUACCAUCCAACUACCAGUCAACGACCGAUACCAUCCAACUACCAGUCGCCAUACGAUACCAUCCAACUACCAGUCAUCAUCCGAUACUAUCCAACUACCAUCAACGACCGAUACCAACCAACUACCAACCUUCCGAUACCAUCCAACUACCAGUCACUGACCGAUACCAACCAACUACCAACCGUCCGAUACCAUCCAACUACCAGUUACCGACCGAUACAAUCCAACUACCAACCGUCCGAUACCAUCCAACUACCAGUCACCGACCGAUACCAUCCAACUACCAGUCACCAUCCGAUACCAUCCAACUACCAGUCACCGUCCGUUACCAUCCAACUACCAUUCACCAAAAUGCAACAGUAA